AUGCUGCGUCCACACCGUGUCAUGUUCCGCGCUCUGCUUCUGGCAGUGGAUGUGGCAUCUCUGGACCAGUACACGACCAUGACAUCUGUAGAAGCGUCUUUUGCUUUCGGUGAUGCGAACAGUGGGCUCCAGGUGGGCCAGAGCUUCGCUUCAAUCUCGGCCGAGUUUCACCUUCCCCCUGAACGAGCAGAAACUCCGCCGCUCCCAUGCUCCACUGUCCCUCUCCUCCGCGAUCCGAAUUAUGUAUCACGAUUGGCACUCCUGAAUGAUGUCGACUCAAGGGCCUCAGUACCAAGAGCACGAGUAGCAGUGGUCGGACUUGGAGGAACAGGAAAGACGCAGCUUGCAGUCGAGUACGCGGACUCAGUACAUACGCGAUCGCCGUCCACAUGGAUAAUAUGGAUAUCUGCCCACAACGCGGCGCGCGUGCAGCAGAGUGUGAAAGAUGUUGCAGACCGACUAAAGAUUCGCGGGCGAAAUGACUCGAAAGAAGAUUUGCUAGAACUGCUCAAACGAUGGCUCGGGGAUAAGAGCAAAGGAAAGUGGCUUGCAAUACUGGACAAUUUCGACGAUGUUGACGUUUUCGCAUCUUCUCACAAUGACACAGUGGACCGACGCCGGUUGAGUGACUACUUUCCGGUGUGCGAUCAUGGCUCAGUGGUGAUCACAACAAGAUCAAAGACAGUUGCGCAUCAGCUGGUCUACGAGCAGUCCAUCAUUGUUGUAGAACCAAUGGAUGCUCAGCACGCGAGUGUGCUCCUAGAAAAGAAAUUGGGAUCGCACGGGCGAGAUGGGUACGACCGACUGGCCGCUGCUUUGGACUACUUGCCCCUAGCCAUGUCGCAGGCGUCAGCAUACAUCCGCGAGAGAGGAGAACGCAGCUCGCUCCAGCAUUAUCUGCAUCAGAUCGAGAAGAACCAUCAAUCACGGAUAAAACUCCUGCCACGCGGCGAAAAGCUGCCGAAUUGCGACUGGGAGGCGAUCAAAUCGGUCAUCACGACUUGGCAGAUCUCGUUCGAAUACAUAUCUCAAUAG